GUAUCAUUCCAGCUGAACAGGGACCAAUCUAUCAACAAUGAAAACCAUCUUCGUUCUUGCUGCUUUGGUGGCUAUUGCUACCGCAUCAGCCAUCCCGGAUAGCCGUGCCCUGAAGGACGAUUUCCAGGAGUUCUUAGAUUUGGUCCCAGUCGAUGGACUGCUCGGUGUGGCCCUGAAGUACCUCACCACCGACAAGGAGUUCAAGGAGUUCUUCGGAUACCUCCAGGGAGAGGAAUUCUCCGCCGUUUGGGAUCAGGUCUUCGCUCUGGCGGAGGUCAAGGAUGUGUUGAACUACCUGGAGGAUGCUGAUCUGGCCGUGUACGAUGCAUUGAACACCGUUGCCGAUUUCCUUGGACUGCAUCAUGUUAGCCCUGCUGUCAUGAGCUUGAAAGCCGGAGGACUGAAUGGAUUCUUCAACGAAGCUGUCGCUCUGUUGCCGUUGGAAAAAUUCGAAGCUUUGUUCGAAGAAAAAUUGAAGACCAGCCCCGAGUUCAAGGCAUUCUUCGAAAAGCUGCGCAAACUCGAUUACCUUAAGUUCGUAGAAUUGCAUGAUAACUCCAAGGAACUUCAGGCGUUCCUGCAGAAACUGCGCAACUAUGGGCUCGAUGUUGAUGGUUUCUUCGAUCUAGUUGCUGGAUUCUUCGGCUGGUAUCAUUCCAGCCAAACUGGGACCAAUCUAUCAACAAUGAAAACCAUCUUCGUUCUUGCUGCUUUGGUGGCUAUUGCUACCGCAUCGGCCAUCCCGGAUAGCCGUGCCCUGAAGGACGACUUCCAGGAGUUCUUAGAUUUGGUCCCAGUCGAUGGACUGCUCGGUGUGGCCCUGAAGUACCUCACCACCGACAAGGAGUUCAAGGAGUUCUUCGGAUACCUCCAGGGAGAGGAAUUCUCCGCCGUUUGGGAUCAGGUCUUCGCUCUGGCGGAGGUCAAGGAUGUGUUGAACUACCUGGAGGAUGCUGAUCUGGCCGUGUACGAUGCAUUGAACACCGUUGCCGAUUUCCUUGGACUGCAUCAUGUUAGCCCUGCUGUCAUGAGCUUGAAAGCCGGAGGAUUGAAUGGAUUCUUCAACGAAGCUGUCGCUCUGUUGCCGUUGGAAAAAUUUGAAGCUUUGUUCGAAGAAAAAUUGAAGACUAGCCCCGAGUUCAAGGCAUUCUUCGAGAAGCUCCGCAGCCUCGACUAUCACAAGUUCGUAGAAUUGCAUGAUAACUCCAAGGAACUUCAGGCGUUCCUGCAGAAACUGCGCAACUAUGGGCUCGAUGUUGAUGGUUUCUUCGAUCUAGUUGCUGGAUUUUUCGGCUGGGAAUAAUUGUUAUUCGUGAAAAACCUAAUCGUCGAACACCAUACUAAACAUCAAAAUUUCAAAACGGCUAUCCUGCACAGAAACAUUUGGUGCCCCUGCAUUCAAUUUUAAUGCUGGAAACGAACAUUGCAAAGCAAAAUAUGUCACGAUGACAGUCUAGUGUUGAAUAAGUAGACUGCGGCGUCGCAAGCUUUUGUGUAUAAAACUAAAUAGUUCGUCAAGGCCAUAAUAAAAUUAAUAAGAGAAAUU